GCUGCAUCAACCAACUUGCCUUAUUUAGAACCCCUCAGCCAAAGUAGGAACCAAAGAACCCAACAAUUCCCUUUCCAAUGCCAACUAUUUUGCUUAGAAUUUUCCUUCUUUACAAUCUCCUCCGUUCGUUUCUCCUCUCUCUCGUCCCCAAGAAGGUGAGACCCUUCCUACCUCGUUCUUGGUUUGCCCUUGUUGAAACUACCCCUUCUUCACUUUCUUCUUCUUCAUCAUCGAGGGCUCUCAAGAGAAUUAUAAUGGAAACCAAUGAGCUGAAACGUGUUUUUCAAAUGUUCGAUCACAAUGGGGAUGGGCGAAUAACGAAGAAGGAGCUGAACGAAUCGUUGGAAAAGUUGGGAAUUUUUAUCCCAAACAAGGAGCUGACACAGAUGAUUGAGAAGAUCGAUGUGAAUGGAGAUGGGUGUGUGGACAUUGAUGAGUUUGGAGAAUUGUACGGGUCCAUAAUGGAGGAGCGUGAUGAAGAGGAGGACAUGAGAGAAGCGUUCAACGUUUUCGACCAAAACGGUGAUGGGUUCAUAACGGUUGAAGAGUUGAGGACAAUUUUGUCGUCUUUGGGGUUAAAACAAGGAAGAAUGGUGGAAGAUUGCAAGAAGAUGAUAACGAAGGUUGAUGUAGAUGGAGAUGGAAUGGUGGAUUUCAAGGAGUUUAAGCAAAUGAUGAAAAGGGGUGGCUUUGCUGCUCUCACUCUCUCUAAUUAAUUAGUUUACCUUAAGAUUAAUCACACGUUAAUGUUGUAAAUAAUAAGUUUGGGAUUCCGACCAAUCCCAUUCAUCGUCCACUCGCCAUGCAUGAGUCA